GGUCCCAGUGUUAGUCCCUCCCAACUGUGUUACAGCAGGAAGACAACUCGACCGAAACUGGUAUUUCGACCAUGAAAAACAAGACAGACUUAAGAAAAAGGUUAACGCCCAAAAGACGCUGAUCAGAGUGGAAUCAUCUUGACAGUUAAAAGCUCUUAGUUUAUGAUCGUGUCUUUAUUGAGGCUGAAACAAGCAAGCGGUCGAGCAGGCAGGUAGGUAGCUCAAAGUUAGCCUGUGCGCUAACGUGAACGUUGCUCCAGGUUGAGACUCUAAAUUCUUUAGUGUUUGUUUGCGCAAAGUGAAUUCCAGUUGUCCCCGCACUGGUUCUUACCGACACUAGUGUUUUACCAUGGGUUCGAGGGCGUCUACGUUACUACGAGAAGAGGAGAUCGAAGAAAUUAAAAAGGAAACAGGCUUCUCCCACAGUCAGAUUACCCGCCUUUACAGCCGCUUCACCAGCCUGGAUAAAGGUGAAAACGGAACACUCAGUAGAGAAGAUUUCCAGAGGAUCCCAGAGUUGGCCAUAAAUCCUCUGGGAGACAGAAUCAUCAAUGCCUUUUUCCCUGAAGGGGAGGACCAGGUGAACUUCAGGGGCUUCAUGAGGACCUUGGCCCACUUCAGACCCAUCGAGGACAACGAGAAGAACAAAAACGCUGCGGCCACAGAGCCACUCAACAGCCGCACCAACAAACUGCUCUUUGCAUUCCGUCUGUAUGACCUGGACAGAGAUGACAAAAUCUCCCGGGAUGAGCUGCUGCAGGUUUUAAGGAUGAUGGUGGGAGUGAACAUCUCAGACGAGCAGCUGGGCAGCAUCGCUGACAGGACCAUCCAGGAGGCUGACACUAACGGAGACAACUCCAUCUCCUUUAAUGAAUUCAUCAAGGUCUUGGAGAAGGUGGACGUGGAGCAGAAAAUGAGCAUCCGGUUCCUGCACUAGGUGUUUUGGGUUUUUUUCAGUUCUUAUUAUAUUCCUUUUUUUUUUUAAUAAUAAAUUAUGCUUCAACCUGCCAGUUGAUGCCAGGACACAACCUCAUCCAGCUUGUCAGCUGGGCUGCUGCUGCUGCUGUAGCCCACACACUGUCAGAGCCAGCGUUAGGUAGAUCUAGUUGUCGUAGAUGUAGAGUUCCUGCUCCGUUAACAAAGGGAAACGUUCUGUGCCUUGGGCUGUUCUCAGCAGUGUCACUGUGUGUCGGGAGUAUCAGGAUAGUCUGGUAUUGAUGAUAUAAUAGUGGGAUGAUGGGAAAUUUUAACGACGUUGCAGUUCAGCCCAUAUAACUGUAGAUAAUCAAAUAUUCCCUUAUUUCUCUCUGGGGCUGGAACUUUUUCUUUGAACAGUUUUUCACAGUGUGAGCUGGUGUGCAGCUCUUACACAGAGACAGAGGUAUUAAUAUAUAUAUAUAUAUAUAUACAUAUAUAUAAUAGUGACUAAUAACAGAUGUAAAAAAGCAGUGUAGAACUCUAGAAGCAGAAAAAAGUAACUUUUUAGAACACUCUGCCACAAUGAAUUCUCCAAAUGCUUGUGCCGCACACAGGCGUUAACAGCCAUUGAAUGAUAUGAUUGUGAAAAAGCAGGAUAUUGAUGCAGGUUACCAGAAACCAUAGUGUUUUGCUUUUCAUCACGUGUUCAAGGACACUGUUAAUCAUUGUCUGACACUGUUGCGUCCUUGGACGUAAACAUACCAAAUUUGCUUGCUAACAGGAAAUUACCAUUUUAAAGUGGAAUGCUGAGUCAGUGGGGAAAACCUGGGUUAGACAAGAACAUAUUUAAUGUGCUUAAUUUACUCUGGGUCUUUUGUUUUUUGUUAAGCUUGUGUGUCAGUAAAAAAAACAUUUCCUUUAACAGCUGUCAACUAAAGUAGGUUGUAUGAUGAUCUGCAAAAAAUGUAAUGUUCAAUUGAUCAGGCUGAAGUGAUCUACUUAUGUUGUGUUUAUAUUAUAUGUUUGGGUACUGAUUAGAGGCACCUAGCUCUAUGGUACAACGUGAUUGAAUUCUUACAGUAUAUGGUAACCACUACACACUCAAAUUUUUAACUUUAAUUGCUAAUGCUGUACGAGCACCCCCUACUGGUAGAUCCCGAUCCACUUCUUGGCCUUCUAGAAUAUAAUUGUGUGUCUCUGUUUAAACCUGGGUUGUAAAGUGACAGCCCUGUGCAGUAACUCCAGUUCACACUCCAGUAUAUGUGUCACUUUUAACUAAAAGUAAUUUGCCAACGAUUAAAUCAAAUGAAAAUUAAAUUUGUAUCUAUAAAAAUGUGUCAAUCAGUAUCAUUAAAAAGAUUUCUCUCUUCAACAUG